AUGCCCCAUGCCCACGACACGCCACCGUCAACAUCUCCUUCGCGAACGCCAUCGCCGCCUCCAUACUCAAAGCAACAAUCCCGAAGCCAGCAACCUUCUCCCGCAACGCGUAGACGUAUUGAACAUCAUGAGUCGGAUAUGCUUAUAGUCGGCGCCGGCAUCCUCGGUACUGCACUUGCCAUUACCUUCGCUCGACCGCCCCACAAUCGCUCCGUAACAUUGUUAGAAAAAUCUUUGAAGCAGCCAGAUCGCAUAGUGGGUGAACUAUUACAGCCUGGCGGAGUCUCAGCCCUGAAAAGAUUAGGCCUGGAAGAGUGUUUAGAAGGGAUCGAUAGCAUACGAGUGAAAGGUUAUGAGGUUAUCUACUAUGGAGAGGGAGUCGAGAUACCUUAUCCUGAGAAUGCCGGCCGAACUGUGACUGAGAAGGAUUCAAAAGCAAAUGCAGGGCGGCCUGAGGGUAGGAGUUUCCACCAUGGACGAGUUAUACAAAGACUACGUGAGGCCGCUUCGCAGGAGCCGAACAUCUCUGUUGUGGAAAGUACGGCGACGGAAGCGAUCAAGGACGAUUACACAGGCCAGAUCCUAGGAGUUGAAUGCUUGACACAAGGGGAUAGAGAUGCUUGGUUUGGUCAAUUGACGGUCGUCGCCGAUGGGUACGCCAGCAAGUUCCGCAAAGACUUCAUCCCUCGGACCGUGACUAGCAAAAGCAGAUUUUGGGGGCUUGAGCUCAUAGAUGCAGAGCUUCCAAGAUCCCUUCAUGGCAACGUGAUCCUGGGAGACGGCGCGCCAGUCCUCUUAUAUCAGAUUGGCACAAAAGAAACUAGGGUGUUGGUCGAUAUACCGGAGGGGACAGAGACUGCAAGCACAAGAAAUGGAGGAGCCAAGGGACACCUCAGAGACGUAGUCAUGCCUGGUCUACCAAAUUGCGUCAAGCCUGCCUUCGAGCGAGCUCUUGACGAUGGAAAGUUGCGGAGCAUGCCGAACUCUUUCCUUCCUCCGAGUGUAAGUCGAGUACCUGGCCUCGUCUUGCUCGGUGACGCGAUGAAUAUGCGACAUCCCCUCACAGGAGGUGGUAUGACUGUCGCCUUCAAUGACGUGGUGCUACUCAGCGAAUUACUUAGCCAUGAAAAAGUUCCUGACCUUGGCAACUCCAAUCAUGUGCUUAUGCAGAUGAAGAAGUUCCAUUGGAGGCGAAAGAAUCUGACGAGUGUGAUCAAUAUCCUAGCACAAGCUCUCUACUCGCUGUUUGCUGCCAACGGUAUGUCCUCGACCCUGGAUGGGAUGGUAACAUGA